AUGUUUGACCAAAAACAAAUCGUCGAGCUUAAAGAAGCCUUCUCGCUGAUCGACCACGACACCGACGGCUUCAUCGACCGCGAAGACCUCAACGACAUGCUCGCCUCCCUCGGCCAGUCGCCCACAGAGGAAUAUAUCGAGGAUAUGAUCUCAGAGGCUCCCGGCAGUAUCAACUUUACAAUGUUUCUGACACUUAUGGGUGAAAAACUGUCGGGGACUGAUCCGGAACAUGAGAUAUUGCAGGCCUUUGAGUGCUUUGAUGAAUCCGGGACUGGGCUCUGCAACGCGGAAGAGUUGCGAGAAUGGAUGACUACUAUGGGCGACCGCUUCACCGACGACGAGGUUGACAUCAUGUUCAAGGGCGCAACCAUCGACAGGGACGGCAACUUCAACUAUCGGGAAUUCGCCAGAGUGCUCAAGCACGGGGAGUAG